AUGAGUAUUAUUUUAAAAGUUAGAAAAGUACCAACUGAUGAAUUGGCUGUCUCUAAUUGUGCUGUUGUCAAUAAAGAUGAUUUUGAUAGUAAUGGUAUAAAACAUAUAAUUAUUCAAACAGGACCAGCACAUAGAUUUGCAUUUUCAAUAAAGAACCAUCCUGGAGUUCCACGUGGUGAAAUUGGUUUUGGAGUUCCUGCUCGUAAAUGGGCAGCAUUAUCAUUAGAUCAAAAUAUUCAAUGUAGUCCUUUUACUGUUCCAAAUAACCAAUUUAUUGAAUCAAUCACUGUUGAUAUAGAUUUUUUUACAAAAAAAGGUGUAUGUAAUGAUGUAUUAGAUUCAGAUGAUAUGUGCCGUGAAUUUUCAAUGCAAUUUUCCGGACAAGUAUUUACUGAAGGUCAACAAUUAGUUUUUAAGUACCAAAAUCCCAAAGAUAAAAAAGAACACACUUUUUCAUUGAAUGUUAUACAGAUAACAGGAAUGGACGUUAAUGCUGCAAUUGGUGGUGGUGGAAAUGGAUCUACAGGAAAAAUUUAUUUUGGACAAUUAAUGGGCAAUUCUAUGGUUAUAUUUGAUAAAAGAGAAGGUGCACAAUUAAAUUUAACUGGAAAAAGUAAAGGAAAAACAGCUUUUAAAUCAAUUAUUUCUCCUGAUUGGGAUUUUGAAAGUAUGGGAAUUGGUGGUUUAGAUAAAGAAUUUUCUGCCAUCUUUAGAAGAGCAUUUUUUAGUAGAUUAUUUCCACCUGAACAAGUUGAACAAUUAGGCAUGAAACACGUUCGUGGUAUUUUACUUUAUGGACCACCUGGUACUGGUAAAACUUUAAUAGCCCGUCAAAUAGGAAAAAUGUUAAAUGCUAGAGAACCUAAAAUUGUAAAUGGACCACAAAUUUUAGAUAAAUAUGUUGGUGAAAGUGAAGCUAAUAUAAGAAAAUUAUUUGGUGAUGCUGAAGAAGAAUUUAAAAGAUGUGGAAAUAAUUCAGCUUUACAUAUAAUUAUUUUUGAUGAAAUUGAUGCUAUUUGUAAACAAAGAGGAACUCAAGCUGGAAGUUCCAGUGUUCAUGAUACUGUAGUUAAUCAAAUUUUGACAAAAAUGGAUGGUGUUGAUCAAUUAAAUAAUAUUUUAGUUAUUGGUAUGACAAAUAGAAAAGAUAUGAUUGAUGAAGCUUUGUUAAGACCAGGAAGAAUGGAAGUUCAAAUGGAAAUUUCUUUACCAGAUGAAAAUGGACGUGUACAAAUUUUACACAUUCACACAGCUAAAAUGAGAGAAUAUAAUAAAUUAGGACCUGAUGUUGAUAUUAAAGCAAUUGCUAAGAAAACUAAAAAUUUUUCUGGUGCUGAAAUUGAAGGUUUGGUACGCGCAGCUCAAUCAAGUGCUAUUAAUAGAUUAGUAAAAGUUGAUGGAAAAGUUACUGUUGAGGCAGAUGCAUUUGAAAAAUUGAAAAUCACAUCAGAAGACUUUGAAUAUGCAUUACUUAAUGAUAUCAAACCAGCAUUUGGUUCAGCUGAUGAAGUUUUAGAAAGAUUCCUUAGUGGUGGAAUACUAAUGUGGUCACCAGAAAUAUCUAAAAUUCUUGAGACUGGUGACAUACAUAUUAAUGAUGCUAAAAGUCCUGAUUCUCGUGGUUUUGUUACCCUUCUUUUGGCAGGAUCUCCUGGUGUUGGAAAGAGUUGUUUAGCAGCACAAAUAGCUAAAAAUUCAGGAUUUCCAUUUGUUAAAAUAUGUACACCAGAAACAAUGGUUGGUUAUACUGAAAUAGCAAAAUGUCAAGCUUUAAGAAAAAUAUUUGAAGAUGCAUACCGAAGUCCUUUAAGUGUAAUUAUUAUUGAUAAUAUUGAUAGACUUCUUGAUUAUGCUUCUGUUGGACCAAGAUUCUCUAAUCAAGUAUUACAAGCAUUACUAGUUUUAUUAGGAACUAAACCACCAAAAGGUAAACGUUUACUUGUUUUAGCAACUGCAUCACAAAGAACAUUUUUAAAAGAACUUGAUUUAAUGUCAGCAUUUGAUGAUGUAAUUGAUGUACCAAUGUUAAGAACAAUAGAACACGUAAGGCAUGUUCUUGAUGAUUCUAAUGUAUUUACAUCUCAAGAUAUACAAGCAAUUGAAAGAGAUCUUCGUUCAGCUGGAGAUGUUAUGUACAUUGGUAUUAAAAAGAUAUUAAGAAUUAUAGAUUAUACUAAACAAUGUGAUCCUAGAUUCAGAGCUUCAACAUUUGUUGAAAAAGUUAUUAAUUCCGCUUUUAAUCAAUAUUAA